AUGCUUCUUUCUGUUAUAACAAAAGGAUGAACUGCUGCUGCCCUGUGCACCAUCCCCCGGUUCUUUGUGCCAGGCGCUGGUGUGGUGUGGGUGCCGGUGUGUCUCCGGCGCUCCGCCCUGAUUGGUCGCUCGAGUGGCGGCUGCUGUGAAUGCGGGUUCCGCGGUCUUCACACAGCGGAGCGGAGCGGCCACGUAGUACCAGAGAGAGGGAGAGGAAGAGAGAGAGAGACAGACAGACAGAGAGAGGGGGGAGGGCAUGUUAGACUACCCUAAAGUAUACUACAUACCCUCUAAAUACACCGGCAUGGACGGGUGUUUUUAGCUAACACUUCUCUAAGCUUUUUAAAAAAGCGAAAAUGCCCUUAGCGGUGAUCACGCUGCUGUGGGCUGCCAGCCUGCUUACCCUCCAGCCUUUACCGGCUGCAGCGUGGGACACAGAUCUGGAGCUUUUCGACCUGGUGGAGGAGAUUCCUCAGUCCUUUUACGAAUUCAUGUCUGUUAGCCAAGAUGCAUCAUCAGCCGAGAUCAAGAAGGCCUACAGAAGACUGUCUCUUGUCCUUCACCCAGAUAAAAACAAAGAUGAAAAUGCUGAAACCCAGUUCCGACAGCUGGUUGCCAUUUAUGAGGUUCUUAAAGAUGAAGAAAGGAGACAACGAUACGAUGACAUCCUGGUUAACGGACUGCCUGACUGGAGGCAACCAGUGUUUUACUACCGGCGUGUGAGGAAGAUGAGCAAUGGAGAGCUGGGCUUCCUUCUCUUCCUUAUCCUUACAGUGGGCCACUAUGCUGUGAUCUGGUCCAUCUAUCUGGAGAAGCAGCUGGACGAACUUCUUAGCAAAAAGAAAAAAGAGAAGAAGAAAAAACAAAGCAGCAAGAUAGUUGAGGAAUUGAAGACCAGUGGACAGGAAAAAACAGAGAGAUCAGAUAAACCACACUGGCAUGAUAUUCUGCCACUCAAACUAAGCAUCUGGCUAUACUACUCUUUGAAGUCUCUUCCUCACGUCAUACAGGAUGUGAAGCAGUACUACAAAGAGUACAAAGAGAUGAAAGUGAAAGAGAAAGAAGAAGCAGAAGCUUUAGCACUAGCAGAGCAAGAAAGUCAACAAAGAGAGAAGCGCCCCAAGGUAAAGAAACCAAAAGUGGAGUUUCCCGUUUAUGAGCCCAGCGAGGCAGCUUGCAUACCUGCAUAUGAUCAGGGAGCAUCUAUUGAGGAUAUCGAGGAUCAGAUGAAUGACUGGCUUGAUGACAAGAAACAUAAAAACAAAACACCAGGGUGGACAGAUGAAGAUGUCAGCCUCCUGACCCGCUGCAUGGCCAAGUUCCCUGGAGGGACACCAGGCCGAUGGGAGAAGAUCGCUCAUGAAUUGGGCAGAUCUGUUGCUGAUGUGACAGCAAAAGUGAAACAGGUCAAAGACGGUGUUUCCAACACAUCAGGACUGGUAAAGCUCUCAGAGCUGAAGAGUUCUGCAAUGGUUGGAAAAAGCUCUGUUCCUGACAGUCUCAUGACCCAGAGAGAGGAGGUCGGACUGCAGGGACCCUCAGAACCAGACGCAGCUGGAGAAAUGGAGAGCAAGACGGUAAGAAGGAGAGGCAAAAAAUCUGCCGCUGGGACAGGAACGGCGGAGGAGAAGGUUAAGGGGCGAAGGCAGAGAGACUUUGACCCCACGGCUGUGGAUGAGGACAGCGACGAUGAGAAAAAGUCAUCGCCCACCGCACCACCCAAGGAAAAGACCGGCACUUCUGAUGAUGUUUGGACUCAGAACCAGCAGAAACUUCUGGAACUCGCCCUGCAGCAGUUUCCCAGAGGCACUGCGGAACGCUGGGACAGAAUCGCUAAAGUGGUACCUGGGAAAAGCAAGGAGGAGUGCAUGAUCCGUUACAAGCUGCUCGCAGAAUUGGUGCAAAAACGGAAACAAGCGAAGAGCUGACCCUGACGGCCCUUCGAGCCCUCUUCUCUAUUCCCUUCAUCUCUCUGUCAUGUGCCUUAGCUUUGCCAAAAUCAUACUGUGUAUCUGAACAUUUACAUGUUCUGCAGUAUUUGGACAAUUCAGUAUUGGAAAAACCCAUCCAUGACCUGUAUUACACAACUGCUGAUGUGCUGAAAAAUCAGUUGAAUUAUUUAUUUUUAAUUGUUCUUCGCUGCAGUCUUCACCCAUAAUGUUUCUCAGUGCAGUUUAAAGCAUGAGAAACAGAAAGUCUCAGUUAUUUUAAAAGAUGUUUUUUUCUUCAACCCCUAUUUUUUUCAAAGACAAAGUAUGUUCUUUUUAUUUGUUUCAGUCACACUGUAAUGAAACAUACAUAAAGCAUUAUUAUACAAUUGA